UACAGAUAUUUAAAAUGUUUUAGCAUCGCUGUUAAAUUCAAGCAUGGCGGUCUUUGUGUCACUUUUGUUUAAUUUUAAUAUUUUUUGGCCAAAACCUUACUGUGAAAUUAUUUGUUAGUUAAUAUGAUGUGGAAAUUUGUAAAGUAAUUUAAUAGCAAUGUCGGAAAAUGGCCUAGAAAAUAACGGUGCCGAAGAAAACGAUGAUAUGAAAAACCAAAACAUUGGAAAUGGACACACAUCAAUAAUUGACAACAAUGACUGUAUUGGAUCUGACAAUGAUAAUAAUGAUAAAUUAAACAUUUCUGAAUCUAUAAAUGAAAAGAAUGAUAUUGAUAAUGGUGCAGCCACCCUUGCAAUCGAUUGUGAAAUGAUUGUGAGUAAAAUUGGUUCUGGAUCAGAUGACGAUGAAUACAAAUGCAGAAAAUGUCCUUUUACUUGUUCAUCACUUCUUUAUUUCCAAGCCCAUGUUAAAGAAUGUGGUCCCAUUGCUAGAACAGGUGCUAGACAAAAACUGUUUUGGUGUGCAGUUUGUGAAAAGAGUUUUAAUGAACUUUCUGAUUUACAAAAACACAUAGAAACCCAUGACAACGCCAAGAGAUACUCUUGCGAUCACUGUGAGAAAACUUUUGCAACAAAAAGCUCAAUGGUUCUGCAUACUCGCAUUCAUACUGGUGAACGCCCUUAUGAAUGCGAAGAAUGCCAUAAGACUUUUGCACAGCCCCAGAAUCUAUCUGCGCAUAUGAGGACUCAUUCGGGUGAGAAGCCCUAUGAAUGCAAUAUUUGUGCAAAAACUUUUGCGUCUAAGAGUUAUCUGAAUCACCAUAAUAGAACUCAUACGGGUGAACGUCCUUAUGUUUGUGAUGUUUGCAGUAAAGCUUUUGCGAGGAUUGGGACUCUUUCUGAUCAUAAAAUGUUGCACACGGGUAUGAAAUUGUUUAAAUGUGAAUUCUGUCAGAGGGACUUUGCGCAGUCUAAAGGAAUGAUGAAACAUAAAAGAAAAUAUUGUAAAAUGAAACCACAAACAGAGUGAAAAUAAUUCAGUAUUAAGUAUAAUUUGUUAAU